AGCGCAGCUCUUGGCCAAGUCUCCCGGCUGCAGCCUGCUACUGUCCCAGGUGUGGGGGAGCGAUUACAGCGCCCGGGGAGGCUCGGGGCGUUCUUGUCUAGCUCCCCCCUUGCUGGCCCUGCAUUGUGAAGGGGCCCAGAGCUCACCCUGGGGAAGUGAUCAUCCUGAAGCUGUGCACUUCUGCACCUGACUUGUAUCCGUCUCCAGAGGCAUCUACGUGGCAGCCAUGCCCAGCACCAGAUCCCAGACCCAGGCUGCGAUUGACUUCCCCCGGAGGAAACAUCCCAGGACGCCUGGCGGACCCCCUGGGGAUUGCAAAGAUGCCCCAUCGAUCUCAUCCCAGGAGAAGGUCCUGCCACUGAGCCCCCGCAAGCGCCUAGGUGGUGACAACCUGUGCAACGUUCCACAGUCACUGCCCUGCUCCCCGACGAAACAGAGCAAGAAGGAGAACGAGCUCCCGUCUGCCUCUCGCAGGGGGCGGUGCUUGUUCUUCAGCGAGCGGCCAGCUGCAGGGUCUCCGGGCAAGAGGAACGAUGUGGUGCCGUUCCCACUCCACAAGUGGCAGGAAACCCCAAGAAGUUCCGAGUGUUCUCGUCUCAGCAAGAAAACUGGGUGCAUGCAGCUGUUCAAGCAGGAAGGCACUUGUUACCAGCAGGCAAAGAGCGUUCUGCACACGGCUGUCCCCGACCAGCUUCUUGCCCGGGAGAAGGAGGCGGACAUCAUCCGGCAGUUCCUGAAAAAGCACGUCUGUCAGGAGAAACCUGGCAGUCUUUACGUCUCUGGUGCUCCGGGCACUGGAAAAACUGCUUGUCUGAGCAGAAUCCUGCAGGACCUCCAGAAUGAUCUCCCUGGCAGUAAAACCAUCGUCCUGAACUGCAUGUCCCUCAGCAGCUCUCAGGCCGUAUUCCCAGCCAUAGCGGAGCAGUUGGGCCAGCAGGGGUCAUCCAAGGUAGCCGGGAGAGACUUGGUGAGGAAGCUGGAGAAGCAGCUGACGGCUGAGGAGACCCCCAUGACCGUGCUGAUGCUGGAUGAGAUGGACCAGCUGGACAGCAAAGGACAGGAUGUGCUCUACACCGUGUUUGAGUGGCCCUGGCUCGCUGGCUCCAGGCUUAUCCUCAUCGGAGUGGCCAACGCCCUGGACCUCACAGAUCGGAUCCUGGCCAGGCUACAGGCCCGACCCAAGUGCAAACCCCAGCUGCUAAACUUCCCGCCGUACACAAAGGAGCAGAUUGCUGCCAUCCUGCAAGAGCGGCUGAAGCAGGUGUCUGGCAGCCAGCUCCUGGACAGCACUGCUAUCCAGUUCUGUGCACGGAAAGUCUCUGCCGUUUCGGGAGACGCUCGCAAGGCCCUGGACGUAUGCAGGCGAGCCAUUGAGAUUGUGGAGUUGGACGUGAGAAGCCAGACUGUCCUCAAACCACUGCCUGGCUGUAAAUCACCCGCGACAGCUGCCUUGGUCUCCCCAGUUCCUAAGAAAGUGGAGCUCCUGCAUAUAUCGCAGGUGAUCUCAGAGGUGUAUGGUGACAGGAUGGCCCUGGGAAGCGGUGGAGCCAGUGACCAAUUCCCUCUGCAACAGAAAAUCCUGGUCUGCUCCCUGCUCCUGCUAGCCAGACAGCUGAAAGCCAAGGAGGUGACCCUGGGGAAGCUGCACGAAGCCUACAGCAGAGUCUGCCGGCAGCAGCAGAUGGCAGCAGUAGCCCAGUCCGAAUGCCUCUCCCUUGCCACCCUCUUGGAAUCCAGGGGCAUCCUGACCCUGAAGAAGGCCAAGGAAGCCAGGCUCACAAAGGUUUCACUGAAGAUAGAGGAGAGGGAUGUGGAACAUGCCCUUAAGGACGGCGUCUUGGUUGGAAACAUCCUGGCCGGGGGGCGGCUCUAGCCUCCUCUACCUGGAUGCCUCUCUUCAAAAGGACGUGGCUGUCUCUGUAGCUCAGCGAAACAACGGCCUGGGCUCCGUUGUCCGCGGUAACCACCUUCGCUGAAGGUCACGCUGAGCCAGGCAGCGGAGCGUUGAAAAGGAUGAAUUUGAUCUGCCCUCACGUCUCGGCAUCUUCGAAAGCGGCCUCGUCUUUGUUUUUAGCUGUAUAUUUGUUUUUAAACGUGCCGCCGGCUGCGGUGGCUAACGCCCUGUGCCUGGGCCAUAGCCCGCUUCACCCUCCUUGUGGUGGAUUGCGAGUGGUUUGCGAACGGCUGCGGGCCCUAUCCUGCUCCUGCUGCAGGGCUCCGGUCCCUCCUGGAGGCUGGCUGGCCGGCCUGCCCUCCUUUCCUCGCAACCUGCACGUACGCUGUCAUGUUGCCGUUUUUAAACAGCUGGAGAUCAAAGAGAUGGUGCUCAGGCAGCAAGAGGCUGGAGAAACGAAACCAUUAGCAGCAUGAGCGGCUGCAGGAGGAAAUGAGAUGGCAGGCGCUGCACUCCCAGCCUGAGCGCCUUUGAAGUCUGGUUAUUUCCGCGGAGCAGAUGUCGCUCUUAGUGAGGCUUAUUGUCUCUGGGGCUCGAUCAGGGGUUCGCAUGAAGCCCUAAGAUCUGUGUGUCUCUUACCUUGCAAGCAGUGGAUCUAUUUAUUCCUAUUUGUCGGUGGCAUUCUGGAGGAGUUAGGCCUCCUCCAAAAGGCUGGGCUUCCUCUCCCCGUUCCUGCACGCUAGAACUGAACAGGACAUCUGCCCUAUGAUGCCGCCUGGCCUGCGGUUCCUCACCUCCCUCUGCUUUGGGUUUCAAUUGGAUUCUACUCUUUGAUUCUACCCUGCUUUUUAUCCGGGAGGAGUAACCCUCUUGAGAGAUGAGGAUGCAGCCGCCCUUGAAGCAAGCUUCCUCCAGCAGGGGGCGCUCCUGUAGCACCGUGAACCCUGCGGCUCUUGCAGGGACCAAGUUUGCGGAAGUUGGAGGAAGCCGCCUUGCGUGUGUGAGGCCAGCCAGUGUGGGGAUCCAGGGCCACCCCUUCUUCAAUCUAUUUUUAAAUGAAAAAGUUGCCUUUCCGGGUUGAAAACGACUUGGGGGUCUGCACCAAGUGUGAUCAGUUUUAAUGACCCUUCUGUGAGAAUGUAGCAAAGACUAAGAUGUGGGCCAAUGCAGUGAAUGCUUGGCAUCUGUUAUGUCCUUAACUUCUCUCUCCUCCCAUGGCUCCUAGGUUAGAGCUGCCCUUGGACGGCAGGAGGUCUGUUCCGAAAGGCAAGUGCAAGGACAUACCUCCACUGCGAGGCAGACUCAGCUGUAUUUACAGGUUGGGAACCUAUGAUGUAAAUAGAUAUUAAAGUCCUCUCUCUCUC